CUUCAUUCAUUAUUCCACUCUCAUAUGUACUGAGAGACAGACGGCAUCACCGCAGACAGCCCCUCGCGCUCAUCCACACCUCUUUAAGGUUUAUUUAUUUUGUCCCCGACGGAAAGUCCACUUCGGUUUUUGUGUGAAGCUCCAAAAAUCUAUGAAAUGUGUUUGCAUGUUCUUCUCCGGUCGCGAGGAUGUGGAGGUGGGAUAGAGAGACGCGAGAGGCUGGAGGAGCGCACGCGCUCGCUCUCGGACAAAGUGCGUUCUGCGUUUAUCUGCCGGUGUUUGGGGCUUAUUGAAGAAAUCAGCGAGAAUAUUUCAGUCUGGGAUUCCCAGGCCUUAGCGAAUGGAUGUGUAAGAUGUUCAUGAGGCUCGCCUAGUGUGGACCGCUGAUUCUCCAGCUGUGAACGCGUCAAUCUCGUUUUGGCUUCGGUCUUCAGAGGAACGUUGCAACUCUAUCCCCCCUUCAUCCUAAGCUCCCUCAUCUCCCUCUCCCUCCCCCUCACGCUGUGGCCCAUGUCUGCCAGCGGAGGGUCCAUGGAGGGAAGUCGAGCCGUAGAGGAUGAGGAGGCACAGGACAGCUGCUGCGGGGAUGAAGACUCAUCCCCGGUGGUGGAACGGAGAAACCGUAGCGGCAUCAUCAGCGCUCCACUCAGCAAAAGCCUGAAGCGCUCACGAGCUCUCUCACAGUACAUCGCGACCUGCUCGGCCGCUGCUGUCGCCAGUGUCGCAAACGCUAACAGACUCGCCCAGAGCUCCAUGGUGGCGACGGGUGUCAAAGCUCACCCUACGGCCAGCCAGCACAGGUCACAAGUCGGGUAUGCCAAACUGGACCGGGGCGCAUUAGUGUCCGGUCUUCUGGACUCUCCGAGCGGCUUGCAUCUCGCCCAGGCCGCCGAGCUCCUGCGGCGGGCGGGAAUGCUGCUUCCGGUCAGCGACCCUUCCAAUGUCAGUGUGGGAGGGGACAUAGAGGCGGUCUCGGCUUCUGAUUCGCUGGGCAGUGUGAUGGACUUCCCAUUGCUCAGCAACGGUGGAGUGGGUGGCAGCUUUCCAUAUCACCCGGGGCUCUUCAUAAUGACACCGGCAGGAGUGUUCCUCGCAGAUGGGGCGCUUUCUCAUGUGACCGGCGCAUCGGAACACCAGCAGACGCAGAGUGAGAUUUCAUCGGCCAUCAGCGCCAACGGGAAGAAAAAGCGAAAGCGCUGUGGCCUGUGUCCACCCUGCCGGCGCAGGAUUAACUGCGAACAGUGCAGCAGCUGCCGCAACCGGAAAACCGGCCAUCAGAUCUGCAAGUUCCGCAAGUGCGAAGAGCUCAAAAAGAAACCUGCUGGCGGGCUGGAGGUAAGAUGAAGGUGAUGCUGCCAACCGGAGCUCCUUUCCGAUGGUUUCCGUAGGGCAGCUGAACCCUCCCCCCAUGACUUCCAUCCCAUAAUGAAGGACUCCCGAUGGACGGUUGACGCCACUCCCACUCGGAACACUGUGGCGCUUGUAAACACUGGGUGCAAACAAACAAAUAAAACAAAUGAAGAGCGGAAUGAAAGCACUAUUUGAAAAUGAACAUGUCCUGAACCAAAAAUAAACAGUGAAUGGCGGAAUGUCAUUCCAUUUUUCUUUUUUCCUCUGUUCCAUUUCAGAACCAUCUGAGUUCUACUUGGGAAUCUUGCCCUUUAUUGGAUGCUCUGGAACUAUUUGCCGCCAAAUGGAAAACGGACAAUCAUUUUUAUUUGUGUGUUUAGUGGUUUUGUUUGUCCAUGUGUGGAGAAAUGCCGUAAUUUCGUUUAGAGAAUGUAAUCCCAAGGCUCUGUUUUAAAGCUUGUGAUAAUUAAGGAGCACUAUUGUAAUUUAGCACAGUGGUUCUUACUGACUGCCUCAAUGUUAUGAUUGCCUUUUUUGUUUUUUGUUUUGUUUUUUGAUUUGUCAUACAGUUUUCAAGUUGCUCAAUAUUUGAUACGAAGAUGACCGUGAAAGACACUCUAAUGUAGCAUCCCUUACUUUAAACAUGCUUGAAAGGUCCUUUUGGGUUUGUCGUUCUGGUUGUUUGUUUUUAAAUGCAGAAGGCCUGCUGGGAUUGGAGGGAAGGUGAAGCUGGUGGAACUACAAUAUUUAGACUAGCUAAUGGUGUAUUUGUGUACCAGCUAUGCGUAGGACCUGCCUUCUUUUUCUUGCAGCCUUAUGGGAUUGGUCAGCUGGAAACCACAGUCCUUAGCAGAAAAAAGCAGCCAAAAUUCAGGAAAUUUUUGAGGUUUUAUCAUAAUAUUUCUGAUUAGGAUAUUUUAUUGCUGAUUUACCCUGAGUUCCAGAGCUCCUUUAAGUCCCUUUCACAUGAUUCAUGUCAUUGAAUUCUCAGCAAGCAUUGCGUGCAAUCGUUGUUCUACGACGCUCAAAGUUCAAACUAUUUCAACUUUGACCCCAUUUGUCAUUGAGUUUUCAUAAUGUAGACAAGGAUUACAAGACAAUUUACCUUUUGUAUCAUUGCGACACAUUGAGCUGUAUGACACAAUGUCUAGAGCAUUACAAGAAAAGUUUCAAGAACUCUUGCUCAACAUUUUUUCCUGGAUUUUUUAAGCUCAAAUAAAUGUUAGCUCAUUUUCAUUGUGUUCAGUUCUUUAAUUUCGUUUUACCUAGCAACCUCGUGAAUCGGCCUUCUGUAAUGUUAUCUGUAACGUUUUCAUGUUGAGCGUCACAGUGCAUGACGCUUGUGUUGAGACAUGCAUUGAAGCCCUGGCACGAGUCAUGUGAAAGGGGCUUUAGGCCAUCCACAUAACAUAGACACCAUGUUGGAUAAGUGACUUAUUUUUAGCUGUAAUUGUCAUUUUGGUGUUUUUUUCUUCUUCAGUCCGAAAUCCUAUUGAACAGGUCCACUCCAGCUCAAAUACUGGUCUAGACUGAGUUAAACGCACAGUACCAAAACAAAUUCAAGACAAAAUCCAACAGCACGCCAUUCCCGUGCCGUAUGGGGCCAAAUUUAUCGGUCUGCGUAAAUGAAUGCAUGUAUUUGUGUCCAAAGCCAAACAUUCUGAGGUCUUGGCAGUCCUCAAUUUAAUAAACCUAGGUGCAAACCAAACAUUUCUAUAGUCCUUGUCGAAAUAUGUCAUAUUCUAUAGCAUUUGCAUGAUGACACCACCUUAAAUUAAUGAUUAUUACUUGUCUUGAGCUUGAGAUAUUGUUAAGCUCUUUAAAACAUGCUUAUUUGAUAAUUCAUUUUCAUUUUUGGUUGGUGUUCACAACUAAAGGCAUGGAUGGAAGAAGUCAUGUGAGGUGAAAUCAAUGAGCACUCAUAAUUUACCUCUGACUGAACCGUGCGCCAGUGCGAGUGUGUGUUUGUGUUGUGGGUGGGUUAAACCAGUGUACUGAGCGUGAUAUUUUUGUCCGUAGUGUAGGAGUGAAUAAGAGUGUGAAAGCUUUUUUUUCUCUCUGCAGGCCGCGUCUGUCUGUCUCACUCCUCGUGGCCAUCAAUCCGAUGAGAGCGAGCGAGCCAAAGGGCCGCAUAGGGAGAGAGCAAACGCAGUGUGUGGGGGUUGCGUGGAGAGAAGGUCGAGCGUGUUUUGUUCUCCUCCAGGUGCACGGCCAUCAGAAACGAUUUUAACGCCGCCCUGCCCCACAUGCGACAUGAAGGCGGUCGAAUCUGUAUAUCGGCGCAAAUCUGAUUCAUUAGCAUGCAAUUUAGGGUGGGUGUGCACGUAUGAAACGAUGGCCCACGAUUACAGAGCGACUGAGGGACGCUGCAAAGGCUCCUUCAGUCUUAUCAACAUCACCCAGACCCUUCUGUGCUCACGUCUACAGCUCUGUCCAAAACACACACACACACAAGGGCUCUGGCCUCUCACUCGAGCGACGGGGAACGCGUAGAGAGAGAGCGCGCGGUAACCAGGGCGAUGGUUGAUAAGAUAUUCGCUCCCCCACGGUUCAUUCGUUCCAGGGGAACAGGAGCACGGCGCUACUAUGGUAACGGCAGAGAGAGAUGUUGCGCUAUAAUUGGUGCAGUGCUGCGAGCAGCAUAGCGGCACUUCCAGGUGCGCGUGUCAGCGCGCAGGAGCCACGAUAUUACACUCCCGCUGGGAGACGGCGGAAAAGCACAAUGUGACCGGUUCUCAUCUCCUCUGUCCUCCUCCUCCUCCACACUUAUAUUCUACUAUCCUCGUUAUUUUAGUCACAAAAUAAUCGUAGCGGGGUUGUGUUUGAUUAAAUGAAUUUUAUUUACGGUUAAGAGGGUUAUUUGCCUAAAACCCUCUUAACCGUGCAAAGUUACUGUGGGCGGUCUUUUAAAAUGCAGCUUGGAAGAAUGAGACAUUUUUUUAAAUCAUUUUGAUGAGUCAGAUUUCGUUUUUCUUUUAAGUAUUCUUUCCAUUUGAAACUUUUAUAUAGCUUUAAUAGUUAUUUACCCCAGGCCUUUACUUUUGGGGAAAAAGAUAAGGUUAACUUUUGUGUUAGAGAACCAAUUAAACUGUAGUGUAUUUAAAAAAAAAAAAAAAAAAAUUCUAAAUUGUCCUGCAUUUGGAAAUGAAUGGAAUUCAAUUCGAAAGAAAAAAUAACACAUGUUGACCAUGCCCUCUCUUUCUCCACAGAUGAAUGAAUAAUGGCUUUUUCCUGCAAAUGCAGUCACAUUGUUACUUUUGUUUAUGGUUGCCUCAAACGAGGCGUGGCUCAUUUUACCCCAGUGUUUCAGUAAUAAUUAAAUGUAAUGCAAAUAAAUGCAAUAAACAAUUAAUAUACAAAGUGAUAUAGGUAAAGUCAA